AUGUCAUCAACAAAAAAAGUGAAGGCAGAGGAUGGUGAAAAAAAAAAGUUGUUUGCCUAUCUUGUGGACCCACAUGGAGCCAUUAAGGUGACACUUUGGGAACAGUUCUGUGGAUUAGAAGAAGGAAAAACUUAUAACUUUCAAAAUCUCCAAGUAAAGAAGGAGUACAACUCAAAUGGCGUAUAUUUGAGUACCCCCAAAACAGGAUGCACAAUUACAGAAGUUGAGCCAUUUUCACAACCUCUCAUUAAUCCUGCUGAGCUACCUCAGAACUUUACCAAUACAACAGCAGCAGCAGAAAUACUUGGAGUGCGAAGUGUCACUGCAUAUCAAGCCUGCUGCAACUGUAAUAAAAAGCUGGUAAUAGAGACGUCUUCCAUACUAACCUGUUCAACUUGUGGGCUCAAGCAGAAUAUGAAGUCCACUAUUCAACAAUGUUAUGUACAACUACUGGUACAAAUUAAAGAAUCGAAGAUCACAGUGACCCUGUUCAACGACAUCCUGCAUGAUGUGCUAGCGUCACAAGGAAAGAGCACUCUUCCGCUCACUGAAGAAACCAUAACUGCCUUUCUUCUAGAGUUACCAACUGUAACCAGCAUAACAUUCAACAACAAAAUAGUGGAGUCAGUGCAAAUCUGA